UCUAGCUAACGUUUGUUUCUGCCAGGCUUUUUAACGCACGCAUCCAUGUGCAAUUAACCUGGUGACGUGAACCAUUUCAGGGCCAAAAUCUAUCCUGAUCCCUCUAUCUCUGUCACGGACCGAGGGACAGACCUACAGUAUUUAUUCACGCUACCCUCACAAGGCCACACGUUGUCGCUGUUUGCCAUGCUACUGAAAUCAACCAGGCCUAAUCUCAUAUCCCCUUUCCCUUGCCCUCCCUCCUCUCCACCGCUCUCAUCUCCUCUCUCCACAGCAGCGCGUCUCUCACCGCUCCUUGGAUGCCGUGUGACCAGCAGCACUAAGCGGAGAAACCGUCCAGCAAACCGCCGUCCAGCACAGCCAAAAUAAAACCCAAACGAUGACCUUCUUACAGAUACGACAGAAGAAAACAGUUAUUUGACAACUUCCAACACCGCACUUUGCCUUCGCCGCUCCUUGCUGCAACGCCCCGCUCCAACUUUAAGGCCCUCCUCCCCAGCCUAUCGGCCCUCCAGUCCAGCAGGACCAUGAUGCUUAGUAGCUCUGUGGAGGUGCCCAGCCCGGGCGGGCUGAGCGGCCUUAGCGGGCUGAGCGCAGCAGCUCGGAAUGUGGUGCGUUCCUCCAGCAUCUCUGGGGCCAUGUACAACCUGGAGAAGAGUCCCGGCAGCAGGGGCCCGGACUCCACGUCAUUGGCUGGCAACAAGAAGCGGCGCUCCAGUCUGGGCGCCAAGAUGGUGGCCAUUGUGGGGUUGUCCCAGUGGAGUAGGAGCACACAACAGCUCAACCAACAAGACGGCGGGACGAAGAAGCUUCGCAGCACCAUCCGACGGAGCACAGAGACCGGCAUCGCCGUCGACAUGAGGAACCGAGUGACACGGCAAGGCAGCAAGGACUCAACUGACGGCAGCACCAACUCAAACAGCUCUGAUGGAACCUUUGUCUUCCCUACCACACGCCUGGGGCCUGAGAGCCAGUUCAGUGACUUUCUGGAUGGACUAGGCCCCGCUCAGAUCGUAGGCCGGCAAACGCUAGCUACACCCCCCAUGGGGGAUGUCCAUGUAGGUAUGGUAGACAGAGGAGGGCAGCUAGAGGUGGAGGUCAACCAGGCCAGAAGGUUGACCCCCAAACCGGGCUCCAAGAACACACCAGCGACCUACGUGAAGGUGUAUGUGCUGGAGAAUGGCGUGUGCUUGGCCAAGAAGAAAACCAAAGUAGUAAAGAAGAAUCUGGACCCCACCUAUCAGCAGGCUCUGUUGUUUGAUGAGAGUCCUCAAGGCAAAGUCCUACAGGUAAUAGUGUGGGGGGAUUACGGGCGCAUGGACCACAAGUGCUUCAUGGGAAUGGCCCAGAUCCUUCUCGAGGACUUGGACCUGUCUGCCACAGUCAGCGGCUGGUACAAGCUGUUCCCUACCUCCUCUCUGGCAGAUCCCAGCAUCGGACCCCUCACCAGACGCCUCUCCCAGUCCUCCCUGGAGAGCGCCACCAGCCCCUCGUGCACCUAAACACCCAUUAGACACCCACAUACGCAGGCAGAGUCAGACGCCGACACACGUUCUGUAUAUACACAACGACUGUAUUCAAAUUGCAACACAGGUAGGCAUACACACACACACACACACACACACACACACACACACACACACACACGUACACCUUUGGGCAGGAAGACACAUUUGACAUACAGGUGCAAAUACCUGAUCUCAUCCACGUGAAUACACACACUGACGCGCUGCCGUAGACUCAAUUUACCAGAACAUGUAGCACUUUUCACCGUCCCAUUUCAACACAUCCUACCAUGACACAGCAAAACUGCAUUCCAAGGUACCAGAUUUCCGUGGCACGACUCAUCCCAGGGCCAUUCCGAUGCCAGUUUAUAAACUCUCUAUGCCAAACUAAGGGGGAAAAAAACUUUAUUUUUUAAAACCAAAGCAAUUGUUGUUAUUAUUACUAUAAGUAGUCGGUGAUCUAGUAUACACUAUAAAGUAUGGAUAUGUAGCAGAGUCAAUGACUUAGAUGUAAUGCAAAAAAGAAGAUACAUUCUACACACACGAACUGAGAACGGCAGGCCAAACACAUACCUGGGCAACAGGCUUGGAUAUUCACAUAAUGGCUAUUAUGUGAUGUAGCAACACUGCUAUUCUAUAAUUUUCAGAGGGCAGUUUAUAUAUAGAUAUACAUAUAUAUAUAUAAAUAGAUAGUUAAAUACUUAUUUGUGUUUAUAUAUGUAUCGGCUGCAUUCUGCAUGUUUAAAUGCAACCCUUGAGACAUUUGAAAGUGCUUCAAUCUUUUUAUUUAGCUUGCCUCGACUAAUGUAACUAAUUUAUUUUGCAAUCCGUCCUGGGAAAAGCGCACUGCACUGAGUUAGGGAGAAGGAUAGGGUGACAGGGGGAGCGCUAUGAGCAAAAGAAGAGAACAAAUUACUCAGCCAGCUACUCAUUCGCCGAUGAACAAAAAUUCUGAUCCUGCCUUCAUCUUUAGAGUAAGGGACUGUUGCACCGCACAGGGCACUUAGCACAAAGGCGUUCUGGGAAAUGUGUCCAGCUGUAGUCUGGGGUUCUUGUGUGUCUUGUUGUGCCACAUCCAGGGGGUGCCACAGUCACACUUUCUCUCUUUUUGUAUACAAGCACCCAGACCUGUUUGAACUUUCUGUUGAUUUCCCUGUUAUGAUGUCCACUUUGUGGCGAGCGUGUCCCUUGUCUCUCACACAAACAAACACACACACACACACACACACACACACACACGCAGCUGGCACACUUACUGACUUUAACUGUUGUAAUUCCAGAUGAGUUUUUCUUUUUGAUAUCAGACUAUUUACGCCAGUGUUAACUUUUCUAGCAGGUUGAUUGUUAACCUGUCAUGUACGGUAGUUUUACUUGUUUCAGUUACAACAUCACAGUCUUCAUGUCUCCUGCCAGGCAGCGCGUUUGUGUUAAAGAUGGCACUUUACUGUAAUAUAUGUAUUAUGUUUGAAUUAUAGACAGUGGUUGUCCAACUCUUGGUUUAUUUUUUUAUUUUAUUUGGUCACACUGCAGUGUGCAUCUCUGAAUCUUGUAAAUUAAUGCCAGCAUGGAAAUUAUGUUUUGAAUUUGAGUGUAACAGGUCAGUUCUGCCACUGAAUUUUCAACUUAAAUCUGAGUAAUCAUAAUAGUAAUUUAUUUGCAAAAGCUUCAAUCUUGUACAUUGGCUUAUUCAAAAACAUAAUUAUGUUUUUGUAAGUAAAUCUAUGUCUGGAAGGAUAAUGACGUGUUCCAAAUAAUCUAAACAUUUGCAAUUGCAUUUGAAUAUUGGAUGCAUUUAAAGUUUUUCCUUUCUUUUUUUUAAAAAGAAAUAGCUUUCUCUUUUAAUGUUUACCUCGCAUAAUUACCAACGCCACUAUGUUCUUAGUAUUUGAAGCAUUUUAUUUGCAUUUGAAAUCACUAAAAAUGGUAAGACUGACCUGGCGGCUGUUAAAGUAAAAUGUGCAUUGGUUGAGUCUUAAUUGAUGGCAGAGGAGUAGCAGGGCAAACUGAGCUACUGGUGUUUACUGUUUUGUUUAUGAUGAAAAUGUCAUAAUUUUCUUCAGUGGUUCAGAGUGUUUUUGAAUCUGUCUGUCUUAGGACCAACACCAAACCUUGUGUAUGGAUAAAGACACUUUAUAGAGUCACAUAUUUUAGUAGUGUUAGGAGAGAUGACAGUCUCAAGUUCUAGGCUCUUAAAAGCUUGUGCGUGUUUAUGAGCUCGCAUUUGCGUUUAAUCUCCACCGUAUGUUCUGUACUGUUUGGCUCACUCCUCUCUUCAUCUUUCUGCAAAAAGGGAAACUGCGAGGCACUCCGUCUCGUCAGCACAUCAGACCAACAGAAUUCACAUUUCAACGCUCUUUGAACUUUGGAUAAAGGGAUCUCUGGCAUUCUUGAAUUCUUUGGGAGGAGGAUGAUGGUCAUUUUCUGACCCUCCCAUCAUGUAUACAACCCUUUUUAGAAGAACCACCAAGGUCUGGGUUCCAUUUCUUUUGAACCCUUUGGAGCUAUUCCUUGCUGGAUCUGUAACUGUAUGGUCUUGUAUAUGAAGUAAUUUUAUGUACCUUUUUAAUUUGUAUCUUAUCUAUUUUUGUGGACAGCUGGCAUGAUGUAAAAAUAAGGACUUAUACUCUUAGUAUUUGCACACAUUCUCUUCAUGGCGCGCCUUUUGUGAGGACAAAAGAAACUUGGUUGGUAUAACAUCCCUGCUGAAUGUUUAGUCCUUGGUAAACUUUAAAAAUGCUGUUAAUAUUUUUCCAUGUGAUGUCCAAUGCUUUGGAGCUUACAUGAGACCGAAUAUGUCCCUUUGCUGUAUAUUGAGUAGCCCGAAACAUUAACAGUUCUAAUGAUUGAAAGUAGAGGAAGACACGAUGCAGAGAGAUAGUUAUUCUUAGGGAGUGUUUUAUGGAGAGCAGAGAGCAUCUGGCAACUUUGUCCAAAUCUUUUGAAUCCUGCAACCAAAAGGAUAGUUGAAAUAUGGCCUUUCUUCAAAGUGUAUGUCUUUCAAUGAGGUGCAUUUAUUGUCCUGUGCGAUGCAUAAAAAUGAGCACCAAAACGUCUGUGAGAGAAAGAUUUGAAUGUGUAGAUAUUUAUUUAAAAAAUUAAAAAAAAGGCCACUUGUAAACUCACGUUGUGGACCACAGGGAGGAGAAUUUAGGGAUCAGGGUUUUCAGAUAUGAACAGUAACGCCUCUCGUCAUUGCUUUUACCUUAGAUUAGAACAAAUUGACUGUAGUCACACGAUUAACGUUGCGUUGGCUCAUCACAUUUGAUUUAUUUUGACACUACUGUUUUAAGGGAGUUGAAAAAGGUUGCUUUAAGAGAAGUUGAAGCCUCACAAGCAGCAGGGUUAACUAUGGCAGGGCAGAGUUACAGCAGUGUGUGUAAACGGGAAGGUAGAUGCAUGCAAGCGGGUCGCUACAUUGCUGGAUUAAUCAAAGUGUCUAUUAUAGACACUUUUGGCAUUUUAUUGGAAACAGCACGGAGCAUGUAGAGCUUGUUUGAGAUAGGUAAGGAUAGUCUUAGCUUAAGUUAGACCGCAUCUGGCUCAGCUGAGGUAUGAAUGUAAGGGCUGUGGAUGCUUUGGAAUGUAAACACACACGCUUGCUUGCUGCACUGUAAAAUCCACAUUGAGCAUUCUCGAACCCGAUUUUUAUUGUGCGCAAAACUUUUACAUUGUAUCGUCUCCUGAGCGCUAUGUUGGAAAUGUAUUUUAUUUUUGUAAGGAGAGAGGUAUUAUUCAGAGGAGGAGAAAGAAUCAGAGAGGCAAAAAAAAAACAGCCCUGAGAUUUUCACAAAAAUGAGGGCUUGUCACGUGUACAAUGGCCUUAUUUUGUGUAGGAGACAUUGCUUCACUAUUGUAGCACACAAACUGAAAGUUUUGACAAAUGUAUUUUGCUUGAAAUAUUGUACCGAAGUUAUAUAUGUGUAUAUGUAUAGUUUUAUGAAUGUAUUUCUUAAUCGUUACACCAGAACCGAGUGUAAUGUUUUUGUCAUCUUGUUUGCUAUACCGUCUCUUUGAAGACCUUCCUGGGACCUCGCCUGCAUUGGUUUUAGGCAGCCCCUACUUUUACUGCACUGUAUACUGUAUGUCUCAUUCUUUAUGUCUUCAUUUGAAAAGAAGAGCUCUGUGGUUGAAAACGAGCAUGAAUUCUGUGUGGCGAAAUGCAUUGUAAUUUAUCUAAAUCGCCACGAUGGGUUUCAAACAGAAAGGAUUG